AUGAAGAAGCAGUUUACAGCUCUCGACACCAUCGUCUUUCGCAACACCGCUCAAUACGAGCCCGACAACCUUGGCCUGGGCCGCAUAGGAUUUGCCUUGCAGGCGCUCCCUAACGUUCGCCGUGUCGUCUUUGAAUCGCUUGGUGGCUAUCGCCCCAAUGAUCCGCUACACAGCGAUCCGGCACCUUUUUUGCCGCGGCCAGAGCUUAAAUGGCCAGCGCUACCGCGAAUCCAGGAAAUAUUUAUUCCCCCAUAUACCCGCAAUAGCCCUGUCCCAAGCGAAGGUAUUCGUAACAUGGUACAGCUGUGCAAAAACCUACACAAAUUUGUCUUUCAGCUUACGAUGCCCGAUGAAGAUUAG